AUGGUGGAUCUGGAGAGUGAGGUGCCUCCUCUUCCUCCCAGGUACAGGUUUCGGGAUUUGCUGCUGGGAGACCAAGGAUGGCAGAACGACGACAGGGUACAAGUUGAAUUUUAUAUGAACGAAAAUACAUUUAAAGAGAGACUGAAGCUAUUUUUCAUCAAAAACCAAAGAUCAAGUCUCAGAAUACGAUUGUUCAAUUUUUCUCUCAAGUUAUUAAGCUGUUUGUUAUAUAUAAUUCGAGUGCUCCUGGAUGAUCCUACACAAGGACAUGGAUGCUGGGGCUGUUCCAGUCAAAACUACACACCUGCAAAGAUUGAUUGGUCUCCUAUUAUUUGGGUGAACAGAAGCUUGCCUUUAUGGGGAUUACAGGUUUCAGUGGCUUUGAUAAGUCUGUUUGAAACAAUGCUGCUGGGUUAUCUGAGCUACAAGGGAAACAUCUGGGAACAAGUUUUGCGAAUACCCUUCCUCCUGGAAAUAAUCAACGCUGUCCCCUUUAUCAUUACAAUUUUCUGGCCUGCACUAAGAAACCUAUUUAUUCCAGUAUUUUUAAAUUGCUGGCUUGCCAAACAUGCUUUGGAGAACAUGAUUAAUGAUCUCCAUAGAGCCAUUCAACGUACACAGUCUGCAAUGUUUAACCAAGUUCUUAUUUUAAUAUCCACAUUGCUGUGUCUUAUCUUCACCUGUAUUUGCGGAAUUCAGCAUCUGGAGCGAGCAGGAAACAAGUUGACUCUCUUUGACUCCCUUUAUUUCUGCAUAGUGACAUUUUCAACUGUGGGCUUUGGGGAUGUUACACCCAAGAUCUGGCCUUCAAAACUGCUGGUUGUCAUUAUGAUCUGUGUUGCCCUUGUGGUGUUGCCCAUACAGUUUGAACAGCUGGCUUAUUUGUGGAUGGAGAGACAGAAGUCUGGAGGUAACUACAGUCGACACAGAGCUCAGACAGAGAAACAUGUGGUACUGUGUGUCAGCUCCCUGAAGAUUGACUUGCUUAUGGAUUUCUUAAAUGAGUUCUAUGCUCAUCCCAGACUGCAGGACUAUUAUGUGGUUAUUUUGUGUCCUACUGAGAUGGAUGCUCAAGUGAGAAGGGUGUUGCAAAUUCCAAUGUGGUCUCAAAGAGUUAUCUAUCUGCAAGGCUCAGUACUGAAAGAUCAGGACCUGUUGAGAGCUAAGAUGGAUGAUGCUGAGGCCUGUUUCAUUCUGAGUAGCCGGUGCGAGGUGGACAGGACAGCAGCGGAUCAUCAAACCAUUUUAAGAGCCUGGGCAGUUAAAGACUUUGCUCCAAAAUGUCCUUUAUAUGUCCAAAUAUUAAAACCUGAAAAUAAAUUCCACAUCAAGUUUGCAGAUCACGUUGUAUGUGAAGAGGAGUUCAAAUAUGCUAUGCUAGCUUUAAACUGUAUCUGCCCAGCUACUUCUACGCUAAUCACCCUGCUGGUUCAUACCUCUAGAGGACAGGAGGGUCAACAAUCACCAGAACAGUGGCAGAAAAUGUACGGCCGAUGCUCUGGUAAUGAAGUGUAUCACAUUAAUCUGGAGGACAGUGCGUUUUUUGCUGAAUAUGAGGGAAAGAGCUUUACGUAUGCUUCUUUCCAUGCACAUAAAAAGUUUGGAGUCUGUUUGAUUGGUGUUAGGAGGGAAGAUAACAAAAACAUUUUGCUGAAUCCAGGCCCUCGAUAUAUUAUGAGCUCUACAGAUAUAUGUUUUUAUAUCAACAUUACCAAAGAAGAAAAUUCAGCUUUUAAAAAGCAAGAACAGCAUAGAAAAAAUAAUGAAUCCAAAUCAUACUACCAUGGACCUUCUAGGUUGCCCUUGCACAGUGUAAUUGCCAGUAUGGGGACCGUGGCUAUAGAUUUACAAGAUACAGGAUGUAGAUCUUCCAGUGGACCUACCCUAACCCUUCCUUCAGAGGGAAGUAAAAAUGGCAGAAGAUCUAGCAUAGCACCUGUUUUGGAGGUUGCAGACUCCUCAUCACUUCAAGCAUGUGAUCUUCUAAGUGACCAGUCAGAGGAUGAAACUACUCCAUCAGAUGAUGACAUUUCUACAGGUUUAGAGUAUGUACAGUAUGCUAAAGGUUAUCCUCCUUACUCUCCUUAUAUUGGAAGUUCUCCCACAUUUUGCCAUCUGCUGCAUGAAAAAGUGCCAUUUUGUUGUUUAAGACUGGACAAGGGGUGCCAACAUAACUACUAUGAAGAUGCCAAAGCCUAUGGAUUCAAAAAUAAAUUGAUUAUAGUUGCAGCAGAGACAGCUGGAAAUGGCUUAUACAACUUUAUUGUUCCACUCAGAGCUUAUUACAGACCAAAGAAAGAACUCAACCCUAUAGUAUUACUUCUGGAUAACCCGCCAGAUAUGCAUUUUCUGGAUGCAAUCUGUUGGUUUCCAAUGGUUUACUACAUGGUGGGCUCUAUUGACAACCUAGAUGAUUUGCUAAGAUGUGGGGUGACCUUCGCUGCCAACAUGGUGGUUGUGGACAAGGAAAGUACUAUGAGUGCUGAGGAAGACUAUAUGGCAGAUGCCAAGACUAUUGUAAAUGUACAAACUCUCUUUAGGUUAUUUUCAAGUCUAAGCAUAAUCACAGAACUAACUCACCCAGCCAAUAUGAGAUUCAUGCAGUUCAGAGCCAAAGACUGCUACUCUCUUGCGCUAUCAAAGCUGGAAAAGAAAGAACGUGAGAAGGGUUCUAAUCUGGCAUUUAUGUUUCGACUGCCUUUUGCUGCUGGAAGGGUUUUCAGCAUCAGUAUGUUGGACACCCUGCUGUACCAGUCAUUUGUGAAGGAUUAUAUGAUCUCUAUCACAAGACUUCUGCUGGGACUAGAUACCACACCAGGAUCUGGGUUUCUUUGUUCUAUGAAAAUCACAGAAGAUGACCUAUGGAUUAGGACAUAUGCCAGACUAUAUCAGAAACUUUGUUCUUCAACAGGAGAUAUUCCUAUUGGAAUCUAUAGAACUGAAUCACAAAAACUUACAACAUCUGAGCCAUUGGAGCACCCUCUGCAGGCCAAUUCUCAAAUUUCUAUUAGUGUCGAAGAAUGGGAAGACACCAAAGACACCAAAGAACAAAUAAACAACCGCAAUAACCAUCGUAACUCCACAUCCAGCGAUCAGUCAGAUCAUCCCUUGUUACGACGGAAGAGCAUGCAGUGGGCCCGACGGCUGAGUAGAAAAGUGCCAAAGCACUCCGGAAAAACAGCGGAGAAAAUAAGUCAGCAGCGGAUGAGCCUUUACAAGAGGUCAGAAAGACAGGAACUUGCUGAACUUGUGAAGAACAGAAUGAAGCACUUGGGACUUUCCACAGCAGGAUAUGAUGAAAUGAAUGAUCAUCAAAACACCCUCUCUUACAUCCUGAUCAAUCCUUCUCCAGAUACAAGACUAGAGCUGAAUGAUGUUGUUUACUUGAUCCGACCCGAUCCAUUGGCAUACGUUCCAAAUACCGCAUCCAGCCGAAAAAAUAGCUUCUGCAAUACCGUUGGACAAGACGCCAGAGAGGAAACACAACUUUGA